GCCCACUUUCACUAGUCGCUGGUGGACUUGACAUUACCCAAUAUCUACUGUUGAACUCUGACCUCGUUUGCGAAAGUUGGUCAGCCUGUCUCACAAUGUCAGAUGAGAACUUCCUUCCAGGGACAAAGCGAUUGUAUGACGAACAAGGACAAGCUGUAUCACAUCAUACGGAGCUGAAAAAGCAUGGCGACAUUGUCCUUGCACCUCAGCCAACAGAUCAUCCAGACGACCCUCUUCACUGGGGAAUGUUGAGGAAGUGCUGGCAUGCGCUUCUCCUCCUUCUCAUUACGGCCCUGACUGGAGCGACAACGAACGAUUCUGGCUCAGCCCAAUUUCAAGAGAAUGCCCAGCUCGGUAUCAGCUACGACUCCUUCAACGUGGGAGCAGGAGUUUUGUUCAUCGGAAUUGGAUAUUGGACCCUGUUGAUUUCUCCAGCUGUGUGGCUAUACGGACGCCGGAUAUCAUACCUAGUCUGUCUGAUGCUUGGAGUCAUUGGCGGCAUCUGGUUUGCCAGGGGCAAUAAGACUUCGGACGCCAUUUGGAAUCAGCUCUUUGUAGGCGCCUCAGAGUCUUGUAGCGAAGCGAAUGCGCAGCUCUCUCUCGUGGACAUUUUCUUCCAGCAUCAGCGUGGUGCUGUCCUUGGUGCUUACAUGCUGGCUAUUAGUGUGGGAACCUUUUUGGGUCCCCUAAUCGCCAAUAAGGUAGCCAGUAGCCUAGGGUGGAGAUGGAUUGGUUGGUUUGGUGCAAUUUUCAAUGGCUUGUUGGCAGUUGUCGUCUUCUUCGGACUCGAAGAGACAUCUUUCGAUCGAAAUGCGCACUUGAUAGUCGAGGGAGUUCAGAGUACUCUCCCGACUGGGAAUGUUGAAGAGCAAGGCGUGUACGACAAGGAAAAGGCCGCCUUAAGUACUGCUAACGACAACGAUAUAAUUCCAUCCAUUGAGACCCAGACUCCUCCGGUGCCUCGGAAAACAUACCUUCAACGUAUCAAAUUGAUCACACUGGCACCUAAUGUACGAGGUACAGGCUUCAAGCAAUACUUCUCGCGACUAUUUCACACCUUGCGGGUGUUCACCUUCCCCGCAGUAUGGUUUGCAGGCCUGCAAUGGGGUGCUCAGGAUGCGUGGCUGACCUUCUACUUGACAACUGAAAGCGACAAUUGGACCUCGAGUCCUUGGAACUAUGGAACUGGAGCUUUGGGUGUGAUGGAUAUGCCAUGUUUGAUUGGUGCUGUGUUAGGCUGUGCUUAUGGUGGAUGGUUUUCAGAUCCAUUUGUGCGGUGGAUGACAAGACGCAACGGCGGCAUUCAGGAAGCCGAGAUGCGCUUGUGGCUAUUGAUCCCAGCUACUAUUUUGUUUCCCACAGGUAUGCUUCUAUUUGGUGCUGCAACCACGUACGGAUGGGCGUGGCCUGUCCCAUAUGUGGCAUUGGGCUUCAUUGGCUUUGGCUGGGGCAACGCCGGAGAUGUUGCCAUGGCAUACCUUGAGGAUUGCUAUCCGAAUAUGAUUUUGGAGGGAAUGGUUGGAGUUGCAGUCAUCAACAAUACCAUUGGAAUGACUUUCACCUUUGCUGCAGAUCCAUGGCUUACUGCUGAUGGUACUCUCAACACUUACAUUGGUUGCGGGGUUUUGUCAUUUGUAUUCAUGGCGACUACGCUUCCUUUCAUUAGAUAUGGGAAGCUUUUCCGACGAUGGACAGCAGAAAAAUACGAGCGCUUCUUGGUGCUGAGGGAUGGUCUUUGA